AUGGUAGAGGUCGCAGAUACCGAAAAGCAUGUCACCUUUGACGAUGACGAUGAUGACAACCAGAGCUUGAGCUCUAUCUCGAGCGAGGAUCAUGAGCACGGCGAGCUUGAGGUCACCUUCGAUGCCGGAAAAACCCAUCGCCGAAAGAGCUCCAUAGACGUCCUCCACGUCGCCAUGCCCGCCUGGAAACAGCCCAAGCAGCAGACAAGCUGCAUCGUGCAUCACCUCCUCCAGGGCCAGCAGCGGGAUCUAAUGUCCGCGAGCUCUUUGCUCGACGAAGAAGCCGAGCCCUCUAUCCGCCAGCCGUCAUCGUCCACUGCAUCACAAUCCGCCUUUGACCACCACCUUGCCCCUGUUCAAGAAGUCCCUAGCCCACCCGAGAGCGAGGAGGCCGCUACUUUGACUCCGCAGAUGACUCGCUAUGGACGAGUCAAGCCGCGAGCUCUUUCCACUGGUAAUAUAGGCCAACCAGAUGAGAUGGCAUGGGCGAACCAGACCGGCCACACCGUUAUAUCCUGCGACGACAUUGAUACUAAUAACAUACCUUCCGUUGCCACACCUCCCGAUCAAGCGGCCCUAAAUAGCCGCCUCCUGACUAAGAGACAGCUGAGUGACAUGGCCUGGGGUGUUCGAGAGCUCAGUCGACGCCUGAGCACCCUUCGCCUGAAGCCCAAGGUUAGGAGCCUGUUUAUUCUCACCAAAAUCCACGACAAGGACCUGAUUCCCAAGACGAGGGAGCUCACCCUGUGGCUUCUCUCGCCGGAGAGGGAACGGCGGUAUGCAGUAUAUGUGGAGGAUAAGCUAAAGGACAGCAAACGAUUCGACGCCGACGGUCUCAUACGCUCGGUUGCCAAGGAGUACGCCGCAAAGACGGGAAUGGACGAAGCAACCUGCAUCGAAAAAGUCAGCAAGCAGCUACGAUAUUGGAACACGAACCUUUGCCUUUUCAAACCCCACUCGAUCGAUUUCAUCAUUACCCUGGGCGGCGACGGAACCGUCCUGUACGCCAGCUGGCUUUUCCAGAGCAUUGUACCUCCCGUCAUCAGCUUCUCCCUUGGGAGCCUCGGCUUCCUUACCAAGUUCGACUUCGCCCACUACGAUGACAUCCUCACAACAGCCUUCGUGAAGGGUGUCAGCGUGAGCUUAAGGCUACGAUUCGAGAGCACCGUUAUGCGCAGCAUCAAGAGGAAGCCAAUCACCGACGACCCUGACCAUCCGGACGAGACUGAGGAAGAAUUCAACAGGAGGAGAGAUCUUAUUGAGGAACUCAUUGGUGAAGAGAAUGACGACGAGCAUACACAUCGCCCUGACGGCAAGACUUUUGAGGUCCUCAAUGAAAUCGUCGUAGAUCGCGGUCCGAAUCCAACUCUCUCCAGCCUCGACCUCUUCGGCGACGACGAACACUUCACAUCCAUCCUCGCCGACGGCAUCUGCGUCUCCACCCCCACCGGCUCAACCGCCUACAACCUCGCCGCCGGCGGCUCCCUCUGCCACCCCGAAAACCCAAUCAUGCUCGUCACUUCCAUCUGUCCCCACACCCUCUCCUUCCGCCCCAUCAUCCUCCCCGACACCAUCGUCCUGCGCAUCGGCGUCCCCUACGACUCCCGCACGAGCUCCUGGGCCAGCUUCGACGGCCGCGAGCGCGUCGAGCUCCAUCCCGGCGACUACGUUACCAUUAGCGCGAGCCGGUACCCCUUUGCUACGGUGCAGUCCGAAGGAAGGAGAAGCGAGGAUUGGAUUAAGAGUAUUAGUGGGAAGUUGGGGUGGAAUACGAGGCAGAAGCAGAAGCGGUUUCAGGAGUGGGAGAAGGGUGGGAAAUGA